AUGGAAUGCAGUAAUGUUGGAUCUAGUGGUCUUGUUGACUACACAAGUCAAUUCAUUACUAAUGAGGUUUUCAAGAGCAAAGAAGAAUUGCUCAGUUGGGUACGGGACGUUGGAAGGAAAAAUGGUUUUGUGAUUGUCAUCAAGACAUCGGACUAUGGUGGUGGAAGAUUAUAUGAGGAGGAAACUUCAUUAUUAGUGGAUAUGUCCAAAAGUAUGGUCAGACCAAAAGAGAUUUUGGUUACCUUGAAACAAAAUGAUGCUUUGAAUGUAACCACUAUGAAAACCAUUUACAAUGCACAUCAUAGGAAUAAUGUUAUUGAGAAAGCUGGGAGAUCACAAAUGCAACAGUUGUUGGGUGAAUUAGAAAAGCAUAAUUACAUUAAGCGGCAUAGGUGUGACAACAACACGAUAACUGUCACAGACUUGUUUUGGGCACAUCCUGUCAGUUUAGAUUUGUUCUGUUCAUUUCCAAAGGUGUUGGUCAUGGACUACACAUAUAAGACAAAUCGAUAUCGUCUUCCUCUUCUUGAGAUAGUUGGUGUGACAUCCACUGAUAUGUCAUUCUCCAUAGCCUUUGCAUAUCUCUAA